AGCCCUCUAAAGUAGUGAGUUCAGGCUUUCAGGGCUGAGAAGUAGGUAACUUCUGUCUCUGACUGGUCAGACGGAAAAAUGGCUCUCUUACGCUUAACAGUAUAUUUAUUAUAUUCAUGCCUCAAUAGUUUGACAGAAGCGAACAUGGCGCAUUCACCGAGGAUGGUCUUCACAGACACAGUGAAAAGUUUCCCUUUACCUGGACACCAUGCACCCGUACAGAUCGUUCUGGAAGAAAAGCCACACACCGUGACAUCUGUUGGACACAAACACCUGAUUUCAUUCAACUUGCAAAAUCCUCAGCAGACUCCUGUGGAAAGAAAGGUGUUGUGGAAAGAAUGCAGCAGAGAACAUUGUGACUAUAAUAUCUCUGUGGUCCACAAAAGGGAAGAGGCCAACCAGGUGUUUGUGUGUGGAACCGAUGGCAGGGAAACGCUGUGCUGUGACAUGAAUUUAUCAGAGCAGUCACCCACAUGCAUUCCCUCUGAAAAACUGGGAAAAAUAGAAGAAAGCAUAAGGGAAUUUAUCAUACAAGAAGGGGAACAUUCUGCCCUCGUGGAAUCAGCAGGAAGUGCAGAUCUCUACAUCACAUACUCUGGAUCUAAUGAUUUUGUUGGCAUCCACAAGUUUGGGGCAAACAAAGUUGGACCAGCAAACAAUAAUAAUAAAGAGCAGCACUAUGUGGGUUUGGUGGUCAGCAGACAGAAACCCAAACCCUUGCAGGACAAAGUUUAUGCCUUCUAUAAAGAAAAAAACAAAGAGGCGAGCCUGGACAGUGAAAUGUGGCUCCCUUUUGUGACCCAGAUUUGCAUGGCAGAUACUGGUGGUCCCAAGAACAACCUGCAGUUUAGCUGGACGUCCCAGUUGAAUGCAAGGCUCUUCUGUGGUGACCCCACCAGCAGACAGCACUUCUCUGAGCUGGUAGAUGUGGCUACUGUGCAUGCACAAGAGUGGCAGGAUACCACGGUUUAUGCACUCUUCAGAAAUGAAUGGGGGAUGAGUGCUGUGUGUGUCUACACAAUACGAGAUAUUGACAACAUCUUCAGGACCUCCGCAUUUAAAGGUGACUCAGAGGACAGGUCUAGAGAGUGUGUUCAAGACAGUACAAAGAUUACUGCGGAUACCCUGAGGAAGAUCAAGAAGACUUUGGAGAUGGAGAAAUGGAUCAGCCCUGUGGGCAACUCCGGCCCACUUCUCUUUAAUUACCACAGCUACACUCGUAUCUACGCCCAUACUUCCCAGAACAAGAGCAAUGAUCACCCCCCGGUCCUGUUUCUGUCACUAAAUAAUGGAGGGGUUCAUAAGGUGACGCAGAAUAAAACCUCCACCUUUGUCAACGCUGAGUAUCGACCUUUCAACCACACGACCCACAUCCUCAGCAUCAUCCUUCACCCCUCCUCUAGGAAUCUGUAUGUGAACUCCAGAAGUGAACUUGUGCAACUGGAUGUGGCAAACUGUGCCCAGUAUGGAGACAACUGUGAGCAGUGUGUAUUAGCCAGAGAUCCCUACUGCGGCUGGAACAGCAUCAGCUGCACCCUUGCAACAACUAACACACUGCAGGAUGUGGCCCAAGGGAACCAUACCAUCUGCCUAUCUGUGUCAAGUCAGCAGCCUGUGCGUAGCCCAGAUACACAUGCAGACGAGGCCAAGGGAAGCAUCAAACUUCGCUCUCAGUCCAAGUACUUCCUCGAGUGCCCGGUGUCGUCCCAUCACGCCCAGUACACCUGGCAUCACCUUAAAAGCUCCCCAAACAGUGAAAGCUCCACAUCAUGCAACUUAAUGGAGGAGCGGUGCCUUCAUCUGAUAGACAGCAUGGGUCCCGAGCAGGUGGGAACAUACAAAUGUGUGUCGGAGGAGAUGGGCUACAGCAGAGUCCUGGCACAGUACCAAAUACAACUGGAGAACAGGGCGGGGGUGCAUUCAUCCUGCCCACUGGUCUGGGUUUGCCUAAUGGCUGUUCUGAUCAAGAGUUGUCUUGUUAGUCUCGAGUAAAUAACAUGAUACGAAUACAACUGUGAUAAACUCCUGUCUGUAGUCAUACAGUAGCUAGGAGUGCAGCAUUAAUUAAUUAAUGCUUUUAUUAAAAUUGCUAGAAUUUCUAUAUUUCAUAAUUAGUUCUAGCCUUCAAAUGUACUGCUCAAAAAAUGAAGGGAACACAUAAUCAUCACAGUAUAACAUCAUGUAAAUUAAACUUCAGGGAUAUUAUCUGUUCAGUUAGGAAGUAUAAGCAAUUUUGAAUCAGUGUCACCUGUUUUGGUGCAAAUGAAAGUGACAACAUGUGGACUGGAGAGGCAACAGGCAAUGGCCACAGACAGUCCUCUCCUUAUACUUCCUGACUGAUUAUUCUCUAGUUUUGCCAGUGUCCUUGUCACUACUGGUAGCAUGAGGCGGGACCUGCAGCCCAUUCAGGUUGCACAGGUAGUCCAGCUCCUCGAGAAUGGCCAUAGUGUUGUCGCAAGAAGGUUUGCUGUGUCUCCCAGCACGGUCUGAAGAGUACGGAGGAGAUACCAUGAGACAGGCCAUUACACUAGGAGAGCUGGACAGGGCUGAAGAAGGGCAUCAACUCGGCAGCAGGACCAAUAUAUGCUCAUUUGUGCGAGGAGGAACAGGAAGAGCAGAACCCUACAAAAUGGCCUCCAGCGAGCUACUGGUGUUCAUGUUUCUGACCAAACUGACAGACUCCAGAUCCUCUAGUGCUCACAGCCUAGCACCGUGACACUAGACUGACAUUCGCCAGAGAACACAAGAGUUGGCAGAUCCACCCCCCCAGGUUCACACUGAGCACAUGUGACAGAUGUAAAAGAGUCUGGAGAUGCCAUGUUUGAACGUUAUGCUGCAACAAUACCCUGACUGCUGUUAGGUACCGGGAUGAAAUCCUGAGAGCCAUUGUCAGACCGUGUGCUGGUGCAGUGGGCCAUAGCAGUAGCGUGCCCUGAUCCAGGUCUGGUCUCACCAUCUGCCAUCUCAUCAGAAGCAUGCCCAGACGUUGUCAGGAGUGCAUCCAGGCACGUGGGGACCAUACUCACUACUGAGUCACAUUAUGAGUUGCCGUGAUUUCGUUUUUUUUUUACCUGUAUUCCACCCUCAAUCGGUUGGUGGUUUUGGUUUCCACUGACACGUGAUUUUGUUCAGUGAAUCAUACAAUGUACAGUAAAGAUUUUGAACGGUUUUGUUCAUCAAGAUCUGAUGUCUGAUUUAAGUGUUCCCUUGGUUUUUUAUUUUAUUUUUAUGAGCAGUGUAGAAAAUACAUGUUGAAAUGCUCCUCUUACAGUAUUUCUGAAUCCUUUACUGCACUUGACGUUUUGCGCAGAAUGUAAACAAUAAUGAUGCAAUAUUUUGUAAUGUAAGUUAAACUUUUUGAUUAUGUUAAUAAUAAUUCCGUUCGCAUACCAAUUUCAAUAUAAAGCGUGUGGAGCCAGUCAGAUUUAUUAAGAUGUCCAUGGUUGUCUUGGAAACCAGAAACAUGAUAAAACUUGGUUUACUUUGUUAUAUGUCAUACAACUUAUGUCUCCUCUGCUACUAUCUUUGUAGUAAGAAAUACAUGUAGAGUUGUAACUUGGGAAACUGGUUUAAAAAAAAAUGAACUGUUAAUGCUUUUAUUUAUUUAUUGUUGAAAGAUUAUAUUUCAGAAAACCAGAUGCUGGUGCUGCAUGCAGGAAACCUGUGGUGGGUGUAUUGAAACCACUUUUAUGUAGAUUAAGAGGAAAAAAACUUGAGUCUUACAAUAUUUGUAGUAGUAUGAUUUUGAAAUACAACCUGUAAGUGUCUUGCAUCCGUUGCCGUUAAUGUGAAAUUCUGUCUGAAUGGAGGGGACAUUUUCUUAGCAGUACUUUCCUCUCUUGCAUCCUACCUCAGACUUGCUUGACAGCCUUUGCGUUACAACAGACUGAGCCAUAUUUCCUAAUGUUUGAGCUUAUAUGAACAGAGCCAUAAUUAAAUUCCUUCCACCAGUAUUUUCAGGAAAUCUUAGCACUUUAAAUCUUGGAUGAAGAUACAUGUAAUACUUAAUGAUAUAGUUGUACACAAUCUUUAACAUGUUGUAUCUCGGAGUCACUGUUUUGUGUAAAUCACAUCAGGCGUCUUUGCACUUGAUGGCUAGUAAUUGCAAGUAAAGACAAAUAAGGUGAUUUGUGCCUUAUUGUCCCUCAGGGUAAUGAAUACAAUAAAAAUUGGCAUCGCUCAUCGCUGUAUACCGGAGGUAUA